ACAAAGGGAACCUAACACAUCUUCCCCCUCCACCCGAGCCCCGAGGCCCAGACCACCCGAGUCCGCCAAAAGAGAUCCGCGCCCAACCACCGCCCGCCGCCGCCUACCUUCCUCCUUCCCUCCGGUGAGCGGGGCCGGAGACGGGGAGAGAAGAAGCCGCAUCCCUUCCUCCUUCGCUCCGGUGAGCGGGGCCGGGGACGGGGAGAGAAGAAGCUCCUUCCCUCCGGCGAGAAAAGCCGGGGACGGCGAGACAAGAAUCUCCUCCCCCCCUGCGAGAUUAGCCGGGGACGGGGAGAGAAGAAGCCGCAUCCCUUCCUCCUUCCCUCCGGUGAGAAAAGCUGGGGACGGGGAGAGAAGAAGCCACCUCCCUUCCUCCUUCCCUCCGGUGAGAUUAGCCGGGGACGGGGAGCGAAGAUGUUCUACGGCGCGAUUGUGUGGGACCCGUGGCUGAUCGUGUCGCAGAUCGUGUGCCUGCAGUGCCUCUACUACCUGGCCCUCGGCCUCUCCAUGUCGCUCCUCGUCGGCACCCGCGUCCCGCGGCUCACCCUCCUCUACUUCUUCGACUUCGCCACCCUCACUCCGCGCACCCCGACCGGGUGGUGCGCCAUCGCCUCGUUCCUCCUCGCCGCCGUCGCAGGUGCUGGAUUCAUGCUUUAUGUGAUUGAGAGAGCCAAGAAGUGCCUGGACUUUGCAGCGACCCUCUACAUAAUCCAUCUCUUCAUUUGUAUUGUAUAUGGUGGUUGGCCAGCUUCAGUUACAUGGUGGGUUGUCAAUAUCGCUGGUUUGGCAAUUAUGGCUCUCCUUGGUGAAUACCUAUGCAUUCGGCGGGAGUUGAAAGAAAUCCCAAUAUCACGGCUUCGUGCAAGUGUUUAACCUCACACGGUACAAAGAGUUAGGUGUUUUCAAAUGGUGUUUACCCCAAGAGGUGGUCGUUCAUAUGUUUCUUUAGGAAUACAAAGACUUGCAAUGUUCUGCGGUUUCCAAAGACUUGUUGAAAACUAAAAAAGAAUUUGCUCUCCUGAUGCCCGAUCUCCCAGCAGGCCAUCAUAGAGAAACUGGUAGGCUUCCGAGUUCCCACCAAUAGAAGUGGCAGCUCAGUUUCUAAAGCAUACAUCCAGGUCCUCCUGUGUCUACGGACAGUAUUGCUCAGUGACGAAACAAGUGGCUGCUUGACAAUUUGUAUGACUGGAUAUGAAAGUCUACUGGUUAGUGGGUAUUGAUAACACAUGCAGACACCAUCGGUUUCUUUGUUUAGAUGUAUCUUGCAAAUAAUACACCUAGCGUUUUCUGUUAAUUCAUAGCAGAAGAGUUGUGCUCCUUUCCUUUAGUUAUAUUUUUAUAGGAAAGAUUCAUGUAUA